UGGAAGUGUAAUGGCCUUGUUCUGGUUCCCGUUUUCAUCUUCGUGAAGUAGUGACAGGCCGCAACAUUAAGAAACACGGAGUUGGAACGCAAUUAUAUGACUUCCUCGUAGCAUGGGGCCACUGUAAACUUUUGACGCUCAUUAAUGAUGGAAUCUGAAGAAUUUGAAAGCUUGCGUCCGAAGACUGCUAGAAACAUUUCCUCCCAUGGCCAAUGUUCAUAUGAAUCAACUAGGAGGUGCGUCGUUCCUGAAAAGCAAAGUGAUGCAAUUGAAGAGUUGAUGCAACAUGUGGACGCAAUACAGAAGUUAGGGCCUACUCUAAGAACCCUGGGCAAAACAGAAAGUGAAUACAGAAGUCUUAUUCGAACUCUUAAAGGUGGAAAUGAAAAUCUCGAAAAGGAAAUCAAACCUUUAAGAAUGAAUGGAUCUCCAAGUGAUGUCGAAGAUGAAAAAAGAAGAGCGCAAGAAUUUGAGGCCAAAUAUAGAGAUCUGGCUAAAAGGGCUAAGUCUGAGAUAAUUAUACUUGAAGGAGCCAAAUUGAAAUACAAGAAUGAAGCUAAGAUGUCUCAGGACAUAAUUUCUGAUAAGGAAAAUGAGAUUUGCGUUGUACGAAAGGAGCUGGAGCAGGCCAAAUCGUUGUGGAAGAAUCUGAAUUCAAAAUUAAAAGAAACAGAAUCAGAACUUGAUAAAGUACUACAGGACAAAGAAAUUCUGCAGAAGGCAUUGCACUCAUCGAGGGAAACGCUAAAUGAAAGUGAAAAGGAUAUUCAAAGGGAAGUUUCAAAAUCCAAUGAAAGAGAAAGAUCAUGCAAACAACAACUUGAACGCGUCAGAACCGAAUUGAGGGACGUUAAACAUGAGUUGGAUAACACGAAAAAGGACAAUGAAUUACUGCAAAAAACAUUGAAAACAUCGGAACAUAAAUUUCGCCAUGAGGUAGAGCGUCUUCAAGAGAAAUUGUUUAUAUUAACUGAGGAAAAGAGAGAAUGCAUGAACUAUCAUAAUCAAGUCAGAAGAAUGCGAAGAAUCGAAGAUUCAAGUACUCAUUCAAUAAAAGGAAAUAUAUCUGAGUCUAGUGCAAGAGAAAAUACACUCUUAAAACAACUUGAAUGUCUCCAAGCACGUCUGAGAAAUGUCCAAGAAGAAUUGAAUGAUACAAAAGAAAGAUGUCACAACAACCAUUGGCAAUCACAUACGGACAUUAAACCUGACAUUCCGCGAUUGAGCGACUGGAACAGACCCACGAAGAUGGCGGAGCGCUACAAAGUACUGUACGACAAUCAAUGGACGGACGCCUUCGAGACGCUUGAUAAAGUAUAUUUAGACGAGAAGGAAACUACUGACAGACUGAUAAGUAUCCUUUUGGAAACGAGCACAUUCUGUAUGAAGCAAUCUCAGAUACAGUUGGCAAUGAUCAAGUCGGCUGUUAUUGCAUCUGCUGACAGGGAUUCGUCACUACCCGUCAUUGUAAGCAAACAACUCAAAGAAUGCCGUAAAGCUGUCGCUGAGACUGCUGGCAAGAACAUACUACAGGAAUACAUAUGUCAAUUACGUCAGUCAACAUCCAGAACAGCAAGAGAUGCCGUACGUGUUGAAGAAUUUGUUGAAGAAUGUUUUAACAUUUGCUGGUUAAUAAGCAUACACGACCCACCGGUAGUUCUCGAUGAGGAGUUUCAGUCUGGAGGCAGGUUUGAUUCAGAAAUAUACAAGGCCUACUCAAAGAGUGGUCCCACAAACGACUUUCUUGUGUGGCCCGCCAUGUUCCUUUAUAAAGGCGGCCCUGUGCUGUGAAAAGGCGUCGCUCAGGUUCGGGUGAAAAUACAACCAACUCAUGACCCUAAACCUGAAUUAUCAUGGAGAACGACUGAGAAGCCAUCUACUCAGCACCUUCCAAUCUCAGCCGCGGCGCGUCCUAGCUCUGCCUGGUCGUUAUCGAAGCGUCCUGAUGCUGAGUAGAAGCGAUUCCUUCCUGAACCGAAAUAUUCGUUGGAGAAUAACCCGACAGGGCGAAAUAUAUCGAAUGUAAACUAUUCGAAAAAUGAUUUCAGUAUGAAAACGAACCGGACAUUCAUCAGCCAGAGACUUACUAGUUGCGUAAGGAGAUGAAAUAGGCACGGUCGACGUUUAUCAAUUAUUUUCGCUUUUGGACAAAAAUGUUACUAUAGUUAUUGAAAAGUUGAGAAAAUCAUGGGUUAAGAGAAAUUCAAAAGAUGUCUAGAAUAUGUCACACAACUGUAUGGGUAACAUGUACAUGCGUAGCCCGCAUGGAUGGCAUUAUUAUAUUGCACAUGUUGUUUUACCUUUGUUUAAGUAGUCCUUUAGUAUAUUUCAUUGAUGGAAGUAUAUGUCGGUGUUCGUAUAUCAGAAACUGUGUGUAAAUCUUCGGAUAGUACCUACCGUACCAAGUCUGUACCAACUGGACCAGUUUCCAAAAAUAAGGCACUUACAUUUAAAAAAAGAGUAGAAUUUAUUGAAAAGUGCCACUAUCACUACAUGUCAUCUUGGUCUUGCUUUUAUAGUGCUUGUAUUGUGCCAUUUUACUUAUUAAACAAAGACUUAGACAUGAUGCAGAUAUUAACUCAAAAAAUAUUAAUAAAGGUAUAUCUUUA